AUGGCUCGAGGUCCUGUCCGUCGCAGGCAACCCAACCAACAUCGACCUAUCCCGCGUGUCGCAAAUAGGACUGCCGCCACAAACGCAGCCAGAGCCGAACUCGAACGCAAGCUUGCUUCAAAGCCAAUAGGACAACGGCCUACCGACAGCGAUGACAGCGAUAGACUCGUGGUCAAAGGCAACGGUCGAAGAGGCAGAAAUGUUCCCAAGCAAGAGAUUUAUGCUACAGGGGCAGUGGGGGCGGGUGAUAAGCCCGGCGCAUAUCCCACCAGGGCGCAGAGGAGGAGAAGCUUGAGCAACGACACAAAAGAGGUACUUGCACAGCAACGCUCUGGAGGACGUAAAAAUGAGGAUUCUUCUUUAAAGGCUUCCGAUCCUCCAAGGCAACGCAAAUCAUCAUUGACAAAUGGAAUUGCCACCAAAUCAACGGCCAUGCCACAGCCCACGAUCCAACCCAACACGACCACAGCUGCAACCCCCUCAGCGAUAAAGGCACCGGGCAGUAUUCUGCGACCGGGGCAACCGACACCUACUAGGGAGACCUCUUUCUUAGGUACUCUCAAACCACGGGGAAGGCAACCGAGCAUCCUACAACAAAUUGAGCACGAUUCGUCCAGUUUUGACCUCGAUGCUGAAGAUGAAUUCUUGCCCGACGCAGUGUCAACCCCAUUGAAUCUCUCCAACCCCAAACCUAUACUCUCGAGCCCUGCUACCGCCACAACUCAACCCUCUACCUCACGAAAGCGAAAACUCGGGCAUUCAGACCCUCUGCAGCCUCAAGAAGACAUCGGCCUACCAGUGAUCGGGUCCCCACUCGAGUCGAUGCAUCGUCGGCGCCUGACCCCCGAAUCAAGUCUUCCAAGUAUUCCUGUGUCCACGCUGCGAGAAUCGGGCAGGAAGCAGAGAGAUCGCAUUGCUACUGCAGAUGAUGUUAUGGCUCCCCCUCAAAGCAGCUCUUCACCAGGGCCCUCAACAGAGGAAGCCAAUGCUUCUACACGACCUAAGAACAGCCGCAAGAAGAGUGAAGUAAAGCCUGUACCAGCGAUGACCACAGAGGAGUUGCAAGCUGCUCUGAUGCCGACAAAGAAGCGACGCAUAGCGCGAGAGCGGAAUCAAACGAGGACAACUGAGUUUGAAAUACCUGCAGAUUCUGACUCUCCUGGUAAUGAGCCCGACGAAGAUUCAAGUUUUUUCCCCACAAAAAGAGGGAGGCGAGCCACCAGAGGAAGAGAGGCGAGCAACACCACUCGGCCCAAGCCCGGGAAACCCAGAUCGGGCAAAUCUGCGGCAGGGGGAAAGCAGAAAGGCACGGCCAAACCGACUGCCAAAUUAAAACCAAGUACGAGAAACCUCAUCAUCACUACUACCACUUCCGCGCCCGUCCUCUCGUCCUCCACAUCAUCACGCAGGAAUCGCGAAACUAAGUCUCCCUCACAGCUUUCAUCCAUCGCCGCCAGUACCGCACGCACGAGCAAGGCAGGUAUCAGCACAACGGAACUCGAACCAACGUCAGUGUCGGCCGCAGCAUCAAAGAAGCGAUCUGGUGGAUCCCUCGUGGCCCGCGCUGGCGAAGAUCCCGCAGACAAAGAGAAUCGAUCAAGCAGUAUCAGUCCGCGCCAUGGAGAAAUUGACGAGUAUGCCGACGACGGUAGACAUCGCGCUGGAUUGCGGAAAGGAGCCUCGCAAGCGAAGACGGCUGUGGCGCCACGGAACAAGUGGGCGGACAUAGAUGCUUGGGAUAUGGACUUUGAGGAGAUCGAGGUCACCACUCCAUCUGGAUCUGGGGGGAGUUCGCCUCUGAGGAGGUGA